CCUCCCCCUCUUAUCUCCCUCGCUCACGACGACGCACCCGCAUUGCGCCCGCCGCCGUCAAUCCCAGCGGAUCAGGCCAAGUUCGCGGGGAUUUCGGGAGGUGUGACAGCAGGAGCAGCACCGGUGGCCAUGGACCCGUGCCCGUUCGUGCGGGUGCUGGUCGGCAACCUCGCUCUCAGAAUGCCGGUGGCGCCGCCGGCCGCCGGCGCCGGCGCGGGCGUCCACCCGUCCACGUCGCCGUGCCACUGCAAGAUCCGGUUAGGAAAGAUGCCGGCUCAGCUCGUCCCGGCACCGCUCGCGCCCUUCGACGGCGGCGAGCAGGCGCCGGCGUCCGGGGCGCUCGCCGCUGCGUUCCAUCUGUCCAAGGCCGACCUGGAGUGGUUCAACGGGAAGCCGUCGCUCUUCUCCUCACGUGGGGAGGCGUGCCUGAAGGUCGCGGUCUACGCCGGCCGGAAGGGGAGCACCUGCGGGGUCAGCUCCGGGCGGCUGCUCGGGAAGGCUACCAUCCCGCUCGACCUCAAGGGCGCCGAGGCCAAGCCCGCGGUGCUGCACAGCGGCUGGAUCUCCAUCGGGAAGAGAGGCGGCAAGGGCAGCCCCGCGGCGGCGGAGCUCAGCCUCACCGUCCGGGCGGAGCCCGACCCGCGGUUCGUGUUUGAGUUCGACGGCGAGCCGGAGUGCAGCCCGCAGGUGCUGCAGGUGCGGGGCAGCAUGAAGCAGCCGAUGUUCACCUGCAAGUUCGGGUGCCGCAGCAACAGCGACCUGCGGAGGCCGGGGAUGCAGCCGGAGCGGGAGGGGGCGUCGGGGAAGGAGCGCAAGGGGUGGUCCGUGACGGUGCACGACCUGUCGGGCUCCCCCGUAGCGAUGGCGUCCAUGGUCACGCCCUUCGUGCCGUCGCCGGGGACGGACCGCGUGAGCCGCUCCAACCCGGGCGCGUGGCUCAUCCUCCGCCCCGCCGGCGACGGCGCCUGGGAGCCCUGGGCGCGCCUCGAGUGCUGGCGCGAGCGCGGCGGCGCCGGCGCGUCCGACAGCCUGGGCUACCGCUUCGACCUCCUCCUCCCCGGCGUCGACCACGCCGUCCCCCUCGCCGAUUCCUCCAUCCCGUCAUCCAAGGGCGGCAAGUUCGCCAUCGACCUCACCGCCGCGCAGCCGCUUAGCCGGGGCGGCACGCCGGGGUGUAGCCCGAGGGGCAGCGGCGACUUCAGCAACUGGCCCCUGGGGAACUACCGCGGGUUCGUCAUGUCCGCCGCUGUCCAGGGCGAGGGCCGGUGCAGCAAGCCGACGGUGGAGGUCGGGGUGGCGCACAUCGGGUGCGCCGAGGAUGCGGCGGCGUUCGUGGCCCUCGCGGCGGCCGUGGACCUGAGCAUGGACGCGUGCAGGCUUUUCUCGCACCGGCUGAGGAAGGAGCUCUCCCACCCGCAGGCCGACCUUCUCCGGUGAGUCGGUGACCCCCGACCCGCCACCGGCCACCGGCGCGGCGACCACGAAUCACGAGCAAAUUGUAAAUAAGUAGUUGCGGCAGAUGCGUGCUUUAGCGUUAGUUUGUUGGAAGUAGUUCGAUUCGGGGUGAUCGGCUAGUUGAUCAAGAUCACCUUUUUUGCGAGCGCGAGCGUGGUGUGGGUGUGAUUUUUUGGUUGGUUGCUUCACUUUAGCCAUGGUAGUAGGACGUCCUCUUUUUUGGAUUUCUAUAAAUCCAGAGCAAUUUGUGAACAAGAAACGAGCUUCCAGUUCGAUUGGAGUUGAACGA